GCCGUGCUUGCCGCGAAGAUGUGAACAAUGUGAUAGCCAAAAGGCAUACAUCGGACUACCUGCACGCCUCUUCAGGCCUAUAGGUGGGUUGUUUGGCUGCUGGAUUUGUGAUGACUUCUGGAGCACCUCAUGGCGUACAAAAGCGACCUUGAGCAUUCUCAUGGCCCGCGGAAGUUACGGGGUUUGGCUAUUGCCGAUGGCCUUUUUACACCUCUUCCGUGAUAUGAUGGCUGCUCCCCCCCAGCAUCGCUUUCAGGCGCAUGCCACCCAGGUCGCAAUUUAUGCGUUGUAUAUAGAUCCUACUCUAGUCGUGGUAGAAAGCCGGGAUAUGGGGCCGCUCUCCAUCAUUGUAUGUACUGUACUGUAUGUACUCUAUGUGCAUACGGACAUCAUUACCCAUGCUUCACCCCGCUUCUACAUCCUUUGGCUGGCGCCACCACCACCACCACCCACCCUCUAUCAUCAUAAUCACCAUCGUCAUCAUCGAUUACGCGCUAGCCGAACCAAAACAUAACCAAAAAGCCCAGAACCCAGCCCUCUGGACGGAACUCGAGGGGAAAAAGAAAAGGCAAAAAAGCCAAGGCUCAAGCCGCUGUCAUAACUGCACCGCCUACAGG